GCAGCGCUGCGACCCCGGGCUGCUGUGAGAGGGAGCGGGCAUGCUGUCCGUCUGCAGGGGAACUGUACUGUGGAUGACCGUGACCUGCUGUCUGUAGCUGGGCAGCAAGUUCUCCGAUGAGUCCCCGGUGCUUGUGGUCCGUCAGAUCGGGUGUGAAGGCUUGAAGCUCCGGGAUGGCACAGCGGGAAUUCAUCCAGACGAGAGCUAGCUUCACGGCUAGCUAACAGCGGAGUUAACGGACUUUUUCCUCGCCGACGAGCGUCAGAAAAACAGCAAGUAUGAGCGGUGGAGCCCGGUUUAUGUGAAUGAGGAGGGGUUAUUUCAUAUCGCCUACUUGUCGCCGGUUCGCUCGUCCGCUCCUUUGAAGGCCUGAUAAAUGUUUCUGGAGCGAGUAUAGCGGUGUAGCUAAGCUAAGUUAGCCUGCCUCGACCGCCCCAAUGAAAGAAUACAAAGUUGUCGUGCUGGGCAGCGGCGGCGUCGGCAAGUCCGCGCUCACCGUGCAGUUUGUCACUGGCACCUUCAUCGAGAAGUACGACCCGACCAUCGAGGACUUCUACCGAAAGGAGAUCGAGGUGGACUCGUCGCCCUCCGUGCUGGAGAUCCUGGACACGGCGGGGACGGAGCAGUUCGCCUCCAUGAGAGACCUGUACAUAAAGAACGGGCAGGGCUUCAUCCUGGUCUACAGCCUGGUCAACCAGCAGAGCUUCCAGGACAUCAGACCGAUGCGAGACCAAAUAGUGCGAGUGAAGCGCUUUGAGAAGGUGCCAUUGAUCCUGGUCGGUAACAAAGUCGACCUGGAGUCCGAGCGCGAGGUUGCUGGAUCAGACGGACGAGCUCUGGCUCAGGAGUGGGGCUGCCCUUUUAUUGAAACUUCCGCCAAGAGCAAGACCAUGGUGGACGAGCUGUUCGCAGAGAUCGUGCGACAGAUGAAUUACUCCACACUGCCGGAGAAGCAGGAACAGUGCUGCACGGCCUGUGUGGUGCAGUGAGGAAGAGAUGCAUCAUUUGUCUGGAACACCACAAGCAUUUGGAUGAACCAUGAACCUGGGGACAACCUGACUUUCAACCCUGCUGACACAAACUUACCGCAGCUGGUGAAGCUUCUGCUCGAGGUGGUUUCUGACUGUCUGUUACAGAGCACAUGACAGGAAAGACGUCGGUCCUAUUUUUGAUAUCAUAACUGUUAGAAGAUGUUUCUGCUGCAACCUCGACGGCCUUUGUGAUGACCCAAGAAGGAGUCAGACAGACUGACUUGUAAGAACGGCCAUCUGUGAAUUUCUUUUUUUCUUUUUUUCCUUGUAGAUGGAAGUAUCCCUGAAAUACUAAGCAGGAGUGUUUGUGAGGUUGCAGCUUCUUUUUAAAGCUGCUUUAAUCACUAUUAUAUUCUUUAUUAUUACUUGUAUUAUGUCUCGAGUUUGGAAUUUGACAAAGUAUUUCAUAAUAUUGAAGCAUUUUGACUUUUAAGCAUGCAUACUUCCACCAGUUUGCUGCUGAGGUGUACUGCUCACCUUAUUUUAAAUAUCUUGUCCUAAAUAGUUCUUUUUAAACAAAUUACAGCAGUAUGUGCUGAGUAUUUUUUUUUUUUAGCUUUAGGACACUUGUGUAACUGUGGAUUAAACCAGUAAUCUUUACAUCAAGGGAGAAUUUAGGUUUUAUUAUCGCAGUAACCUGAAGCAGCUAAACUCAUCUGAAAACAUGCUCGCUCAAAAGUGAAAAUGUUUGUUCUGCUUAAUCAACUUGAAGUGAUGAGGAUGAGCCAUUUUUCUGUUUUUACUCUGAAUUCUGUCAAAGUCUCUACAAGGCGCGACUCGCGUGGACGCAGGUCUUCCAUUUUCCGUUUUCUCCGGGAGUCUGUGUCGGAGAACGAUCUUGGAACGACCAAAGGAAGCUCGCAGUGCAUAUUUGUGUUUGACUACAUGACGUGUGUUGCUUUAAAUUCAGGAGACGCUGAUUUCUUGUCAUCAAAUAACUCCCGCUGCAACGUGGUUUUGAAAAGUUCUGGCACAGUUAAUCAGAUUUAACUUUGUAUUUUUCUUUUUCUAAUAGUAACCUAUUUAUUAAAGACUAAUGACAUGGGUAGCCGGUUUUAAACUUUUAAUUUUAUACUAGUUUUUGCUUUUUGUGACUUUUGGGGACAGAUAUGAUGUUGCAUUUUUGUUCUUUUUUUUGUUUUUUUUGAAGCUGAAAAUUUAACAGAGCCUUAAAAUUUCUGUUGCACCCUGGUCUCAUGUUUCCUUUUCCCCCUUGAAGAUAAACAGCUGUCAUCAUUUGGUAAUAAACGUGCUGGACUCUGCUUUUGUGACGGGA